AUGUGUCGUGUCUUAUUAAUCCUUUCUUUGUGUCUCCGUGUCAUGAGUAUUCCCGUCGACAAGAAGCAAUCGCCUGGAUUAGAUGAUCAGAGUGUAAAAAGUCAAUCCAAUGCACUAACUUAUGAACGUCGGCAACAACCUCAAGUUCCUAAUAUCGACUUAGGCACACUACCAGCUCAACUGCUUGCAGCAUUCAUGAUCAGUAACCUAAAUGGUCCUAUUGAGCGACAGGGACAGCAUCAUUCGGCUGAACAAAGUGCACCUCCAAUUGGUAAACAAGACGAUCAAGCAGUCAAGUAA